CAAUAGGGGUCAUAAGUUCAUGUAUCAUUACAGCGUGGCGUGAUAAAAGCCGAGAUGUAAAUACACCGUUACUUCUGUGCUUAAAUGGAGUCACAUUGAAUUGAAGACAAGAUUCGACUGAUCUAGCAUCGAAUUGUAUUGAAUAUUUGGUUCGUUUACACAAAAGAUGAGUUUUCCCACAUUUAGAAGCGUUUUAAGCAAUAAGAGUACACUCCUUACAGUUUGUACAAGAUGGCUGGCAACCAAACCAAAUGUUGUCAGGAAGAAGGUAGAUACCAACAUGGUAUUACAGACAUUGCAACCUGUCAACAACAGUUCACGACCUUUAGUUAUUCUGUUCAGCUGGAUGAACGCGAAAGAGCGUCACAUUGCCAAAUAUGGUAAUCUCUAUGCCAGUGAAGGUUUCGAUGUUUUAAGUCUUCGCGUCGGUCCUUUAGACGUACUUCGACCCCAAAAAGCUCAAGGUGCCGUUAGAAAAGUAAUAAAGAUUUUGGAGGAAAAGGAACAAAGAGAUAAACCCCUGUUGAUUCAUGGCUUUUCAGUUGGGGGCUACGUUUGUGGCGAGAUGUUGGUACAGUUUGAAAAAGAGGCCCCGAAACACGACAAUAUAUGUAGAAGAAUUCAUGGACAAAUCUUCGAUAGUCCCGUCGACUUUGGAGGGGUUCCUCGAGGAAUAGCAAACAUCUUGGCUGAUAAUAAAAUAGGAAGAUCAAUCAUUGAAUCAACAAUUUCUGGUUACCUGAAAGUUUUCGAAAACGUUGUCACAAAACAUUACUUGGCCUCGUCAGCGGCAUUUCACGCUAACUUUCUGAAGUUGCCGUCGCUGAUGCUGUACUCACGAGCUGAUCCCAUUGGUGUGGAUAAAGAUAUAGAGGUCGUGGCCAAUAAAUGGAAAGCCCAGGGGAAUCCUGUUACAACUAAAUGCUGGGAAAAUACACCCCAUGUUAGUCAUUUUCAUCAUCACCCCGACGAAUAUGUAGAAGCCAUUUUAAAAUUCGUGAAAUCCGUCGGUUUGUCCGGCGAGGAACUACAGAGAGAAGACAUCUUGAAUGAACAAAGAAUGAAGAGAGUUUCAGUUUAGAUGAAAACUUUCAAAAUGGUGUCUCUGUUAUGUGUUAUGUCAAGUUGAAAAUGAGAAAAGAUUUUUAAUGAAUUUUCGGGGGAAAUAUUAUUUGUAACUUAUCCCCGUUGGCAUGUUGAAUCCACUCUUGAUUAAUUUUACACGCUUGGAAAUAAGGCCCCCAUCACUGAUUUACACGUCAAGAUAUAAGGCACACAUCACACAGAUUUCAGGUUUAAUCAGAUGCAGUUCAUCUGAUACCUUGAGGAGUUGGGUGGUCUGGGAUCUGAGUGGUCUAGUGGUUUAAUGCGUGUGCAUGAAGUCACAAGGAUUGUCAUUGAGUCAGGUGGCGUGGUUUCGAUUCCCCACUUGUAAGUGACAAGGCGUAGAGUCACCCUCUAACUUCGUGGGUUUUCUCUGAGUCCUCAGAAUUCCUCCCACUGCUAAAGACCCCUACGAGCAAGAGAAUUAUUGAAAUAAAAUUUUGCUCUCUCUGGCAUAGAUUUGUCUAUUUCAUUUGCACUGUUUUUAAUAAUAGGCACCGUUCACCGAUUUAAGCCCGUACUUGUUUUCGUGGUAUUUCAGCACGCUUUUUUGUCAGUGAAAAAGUUGGUUUAAUGCAAAUGUAAUGGGACUGUUUCCAUGGAAAUACAGCAAAGACGCAUACAUGGAAACAAGCCUUGCACACUUGUAAAUAAGACACAUGUCAGGUUAGUUUGUCAGGCAGGGUCUCUCUGGUUCCUGUUAGUUUGUCAGGCAUGGAUUUGUUUAUUUGCAGUGUUUCUAUGGAUGGUAUUAUUGAUAAAUGUCAGGUUCUAGUUCAAGAACAACUAGAACCAUUAGAUCCAGGCCUGUUGAUAUCGGUUAAACAUGGAGACACUGGAAUGAAGUUAUAUCAGUGUUUAAGAUUUAUUAAUUUAAUUCAUACAUAGAUAUCCCUGAACAAUAAACUUGACAAGACGUUUUAAUCCAUGAGUAGAUAUCUUGACAACACAAUUUAAUGCAUAGGUAGAUAUCUUUGAAUAACAAAUUGUUUAUGAAUUGCAAUGUGACAAGGAGUAGGGUCGCCUGUCCAACCUUGUGGGUUUUCUCCGGGUCUUCAAGUUUUCUCCCACUGCUAAAGACCCCUACGCGCAAGCGAAUUAUUGAAAUAAAAUUGAACCAUAUUAGUCCCGAAAUGACCUAGUUUGUGUCGAGUGGACGUUAAGCCCCAUUUCUCUCUCCGUCUUAUGAAUUGAAAUGCAUGUUGUGGUAGUUACUGCCUGACUGAGUUGGAAUCCAUAGAUAGUGAAAAAAAAAAGAUAGCCAAUCCUAUAUGACUUAAAUACACUAGUGAACGUCAUUAUAAAUUAGUUGAAAGUUUGUAUAGGUAUCAAAAGUGAUAAUUGGUUACCAUGGUGAAAUUGGAUGAUGUCAGCAUCCAUUUAUAUGUGAUAAUUGGUUACCAUAGUCAAGUGUUUAUGUUACCAUAGUGAAGUGUUUAUAGAAGUUGAUAAGAACAUACCCUGAAAUCUGUGAAAUUUAGCAAUAUGUUAAGAUGCUACAAUUAACAAUUCAAGCAUGUUCUUUUAUCAUUUGGGCUGCAAUAAUAAUUUGAAUUUAGAUUGCCAAAUAAGGUUUGUUUAAACAUUUCCAAAUAAAGUCUAUUUAAUUAACAUUGGUGGUCACAUGACCAAUCACAAGAUUUGUCUCAAAUAUUUUCAAGGAUCUUGGAGAUUAAAGGUUUAAGUUGGAUUAUUUGUUAAAUAUUGUUACAAUAUACCUGAAGUAUUUUUACCUGUAACUUUAUGUAGAAACAAAAUCUUUUAUUUACUGCACUGUAUAUCCAUGUCUUAAUAGUUUAUUAAAGAUGUAUUAUGUAAGACCUAAAUAUCUGGGCCCUUAUUCACGAAAACUUAAACUAAGAUACAAUCGAAAUUUUAAGAAAUACUGCAAUUCGAUUGGCUGACCAGUAAAAUCAAUUUGCAUAUAUCCAAUGAAGUUGCAGUAUUUCUUAAAAUUUCGGUUGUAACUUAGUUUAAGUUUUCGUGAAUAAGGGCCCUGCCUUUUGCAGGUCUUUUUUUCUAGCUUCAAAUGUUAUGUAAAUGAAUAUUUUGACAUUUAUUCACAUGACAAGCCUAUAAUCAACUCUCUAGAUCAUCGGAUGGCCGAGAUUUAAAUGGAUUUGAACGCCUGCAAGAUUUUUAAAUUUAACGAUAAAAUGAAUAAUCAAAACUUGUUAUCAAAUACAGUUACUAUGGUAAUAAACAAUAUAUGCUACAUCUUCAAACAGUGAUAACUUCGACCAGGAUAAAGUAAUUUGAAUGAAAUUUUCAAUAUAUUAAUAUUUCAUUAUCUAUUUUUGAACUAUUAUAGCCAUUUUUUUUAUCUAAAUCUUACAUAAUGCAUCUUUUACUCCUUCACUUUGUUAUUUUUGCAUUCCAUAGACAGAACUGUCUGACCCAGUACUUAAAAUUAUUUAAUAUAUCUAAUGAAAACUUUCCCAGAUACCAAAUUCUUGUGCAUUUAAUUUUUAAUCUAGUUUUAAAUCUAAGUCACUUGUAGUUAUUGCAUGUUAUUGUUUGUAUAUAUUAGAUAGUAAUACUAUUUAUAUACGAAGGCAGAUUGAUUAAAAUACAGAUCUAUA